AUGUGUUUGGAACACAAGGGUAGGAAUGCUUAUGCUCGAAUUCUUGUUGAAAUGGCGGCUGAUAAGGAGUGGAAGAGGAAAAUUGAGGUAUCUACUUGGGAUUUUGUUUCUAAUUCUGCUGUGACUCAGAGUUUUGAUGUGGAGUAUGCGUGGAUUCCUUCUAGAUGUAAUCACUUUAAGGUCUAUGGUCAUAUGGAUAAAGUUUGUAUGGCAGUUUUGAAUGAAGAUAAAGUUUUAAAGAAUGGGGAUAAUGGGACCAAUAAGGGAAAUAAAGGGAAGGAAGUGGUUAAUGAUGAAGGUUUUACUGAGGUUGUUAAUAAGAAGGUUAAAGGAAAUAAAGAUGGUGAUGGUCCUAGUAAAACUAUGGAGGGUCCUUCUAAUUUGUAUAAUCAGAGAAAUAGUGGAAAGAAUGGCAAUUUUAAUAGGGGAAAUAGUUUCAGGGGUAAUAAUGGGAAUAGAGGUGGUAAUGGUAGGGGACAGAAUGGGAACUGGAACAAUAGAGGGGGGGAUACUAAAGAGGAUGAUAUCAUAAAGGUGGGUGUUAGCAAGAAUUUAGAAAAUAAGGAUGUUACUGGUGAUGGUUGCAGUAAUAAAAAUAGUUUUGAAAUCCUGGGAAUGAUUGGUGAGGAAGUUAUGGAUGGAAUGGAAGAGGAUGCUAAGGGGGACAAGGUUGUUGGCCAACAGGAAGGAGAUUGUAUUGCUUUUUCUUCUGAUGCUGUUGGAGUAACGAAUAAUAAGAUGGAUCCUUCUAAGAUUUUUGGGAAGGGUGAAAUAGUGAAUGAAAGCAAUAAAAUGAAGAAUAGUAAGAGUGAUCAGGGGAACAGGGUUUGGAAUGUCAGGGGCUUGAAUAAAGCCAUUAAGCAAAAGGAGGUUAUUGAUGUUAUUAGGAGUAAUAACCUUGGUAUAUGUGCUGUGGUGGAAUCUCAUGUUAAGGUCUUAAAUCUUAAGAAUGUGUGUGUUAAGACCUUUGGUCAAUGGGAUUGGGUUUCUAAUAAUAGCAGCUGUGAGGCUGGAACUAGAAUAAUUGUUGGAUGGAAUCCUAGAUUAUUCGAUGUGAUGGUGAUUUCUCAGUCUAGACAAGUAAUACAUUGUUAUGUUAGGUUCUGUGAUUCUAACUAUAGCAUGUAUUUGUCUUUUAUAUAUGCUGCUUCGACUUAUGUAGAGAGAAGGUUAUUGUGGGAUAAUCUGAAGAAACAUAGUUUGGUUGUUAAGAAGGAAGCUUGGGGAAUUUUAGGUGACUUUAAUGUUGCUUUAAAGCCUUCGGAAUAUUCUGAAGAUUGUUCUAAAAUGCCGAAAGGAGUUGAUGAAUUUAUUGACUGUAUAAAUUCUAUUGAAGUUGAGGAUCUGAAUUGCACUGGUUUUCAGUUUACUUGGAACAAAUCUCCUGCUGGGAAUAAGGGUCUUUUGAAGAAGUUAGAUAGGGUGAUGGUUAAUUUGAAAUUUGUUUCUGAUAAUCCUUUAGCUCAUGCUGUUUUUAAACCUUAUAGGGUGUCGGACCAUUGUCAUGCUGUUUUAAAUGUUCCUGCUGGCAAAUUGAGAUGGAAACCUUCUUUUAGGUUUGGCAAUUUUAUUACAGAGAAGAAGGAGUUUUUACCUUUGGUUAAAGAGAUUUGGGGCACUAAUAUUGAAGGUUUUUUUAUGUUCAAAGUUUUUCAGAAGUUGAAGAUUCUUAAAAAGUAUUGUCGGGAGCUAUGUAGUAAAUACAGGGGUUCUGGGAAGAGAAUUCAAGAGUUGAGAAAGGAAUUGGAAAGUAAACAAGCUGACAUUGAUCUUAAUCCUUUUGAUAGUAAGAUUAGGGAGGAGCAUGUUAAUACUCUUUUUGAGUUCAAUGUUGCGUGUAAUGAUGAAGAAAUGCUUCUCUCCCAGAGAUCUAAGAUGAAUUGGUUAUUGGAAGGGGACAAUAAUACUAAGUUUUUUCAUAGAGUUGUGAAGAGCAGGGGUAAUAAAAAUCGUAUAUUGAUGGUGCUUGAUGAAGAUGGAAGAUGGGUUAGUGGGAAGACUAUGAAGGAGAAAUUUGUGAAUCAUUUCAAGAAGUUUUAG